GCACUAGUUUUCCUCGGAAUUCCUCGGUUAAAUUGCCUCCGUUAGCCGUCGCAGUCGUGUAGCCAUGGCGACCUUAACUUCCUAGCUUGUUCGUUAGAUCUAUGGCCACCGGAACGUCAAGCUACAGCUUGUAGAAUUGUUAAGCAUGCAGCCACAGAAAUUUCGUAGUUUUCUAGCUACGGACCGUAGUAAUGGCCGACGUAACUCUAUGCUGGAAUAGUUCCUGAAGCUACGUAACCAUAGUCGUGUACUAGUUUCGCUCAGACGUAGUCUCCUGAUUCUUCAAGCUCGGAAGGUAUCUCCUAGUUUUCCAUAGCUCGGAAUCUAUCUUCAUUCAAUUAUUUCGUACGUCUUAUAGCUCCAAAGCUACCGGAAGUUAUUUCCUAGUUCUUAAAGCUCCAGAGCUGUCUUCUAUUUCUAUAGCUCGGACUCUAUCUCUCUGUUUUAUACCGCGGAGGCUAUAUCAUCCCAGAUUGAUAGCUCGGAUCCGUAGCUUCCGACACCGCCAAUUCAUUGUCGCGUCUGGCGCAGCGGGACUCCAGAAUCGGCGAAAUCCAUGAUUCAGCGACGGUGAAAGCGGAGCUCCUGAGAGGACUGCGUCGAAGCUUCAGACGGAGAUAUUGACGAUCCAGAAACGGCGGAUUUGGUGCGUAAGUGACGACGGUAUUGAAGCCUCAGAGCCGGCGAAACCCUAGCGUCAGCGACUGCGAAACCGGUGCUUCAGCGAUGAAGAAGGGGAGUUCAAAACACGGCAAAAGCGGAGUCCGUGGAACCCACGCUUCAGUGACGGCGGAACCACGUUCAGAGACGCUCCGUAAUUCCGCCGACGCUGCUGACGAUUAUGGCGAGGCCGCUGCUAGCGAAUUCCGCGACCUUGCUGGCGAUUUCGGCGACGCUUUUCACGAUCUUGGCGACGCUGCUGGCGAUCUCGGCGACGCUGCUGGCAAUCUCGGCGACGCUAAUGGCGAUUUCGACGACCCUGCUGUUGGCGAUUCGCGCGAACCUGCUGCUGGCGAUUCCGGCCACCUUGCUCUUGGCGAUUCCGGCGACCCUGAUCCUGGCGAUUCCGGCGACCCUGAUCCUGGCGAUUCUGGCGACCCUGAUCCUGGCGAUUCCGGCGACCUUGCUCUGGCGAUUCUGGCGUCCUUGCUGCUGGCGAUUCCGGCGACCUUGCUGUUUAGGCGAUUCGACCUUGCUGCUGGCGAUCUCAGGGACCUUGCUUGCGAUUCCAGCGACCUUGCUGCUGGCGAUUCUGGCGACCUUGUUGCUGGCGAUUCCGGCGACCUUGCUGCUGGCGAUUCCGGCGACCUUGCUGCUGGCGAUUCCGGCGACCUUGCUGCUGGCUAUUCCGGCGACCUUGCUGCUGGCGAUCUCGGGGACCUUGCUGGCGAUUAUGGCGACCUUGCUGGCGAUUCCGGCGACCUUGCUUCUUGCAGCCCCGGCGACCUUGCUGCUGGCGACUCUAGCGACAUUGCUGGCGACUCUGGCGACCUUGCUGGCGAUUCCGGCGACCUUGCUGCCGGCUAUUCUGGCGACCUUGCUGCUGCUGCCGGCGGUGUUGGCGACGGUCCUGCUGCUGGCGGGGAUGGUGUCGCCGCUGCUGCAUCCGCUCCGAUCUGACAACGCCCCCACCCGACAAGGGUGGCAAUCCGCUGCUAAGUGCUCUUACCCUUCUCCGUUUCACGUUUCCAUUGCUGUUUCCUGUUAUUGCUGUUAUUGAUGGCCCCAGGCAUUGCUGCGUGGGUGGCUGAGAGGUGGAUGGGAGGUUGGAGUAAUUUGGUGAACGUAAGGACGGGGUGGCUCAAGGCACUUGGCGGUCGCUCUCAUGGUCUAGUCGGGUAGAAAGCAUUCAUUCUCAUGCGCGCGUCCCUCUCUCCCUUCUUGAACCUCCUCUUUCUCGUCUCAGUCCCCCUUGCAUGGCUGCCAAGCGCCUAGAGUUCGCCCGUCCCUCACGCUCCAAACUCCUUGAACCCUUGAAAGCCUCCCAUUGCAGUAGUGCCGUGGGUCUUAGUCGCCUUGCAUAUCCCUCAUUCUUGCAUUCAAGUUUUUGCUUGGGGCUUGUCGAUUGUCGUGGGUAACACCUCUACCAGACACUAACCUGCGCUUUGAUUCUGUGCCUCUCCCAUUUCUCUGCAGGGAUCGGUUUUAGCUGCAGCAGAAACGGCACCUCGGCAGCAGCAGCAGCAGCCGUGAGCAUGUGGGAUGACGCACGGUAGAGACGGUCACAGUGUUGUGACCGCCUCGUGAGUGCCCUGCUGACCACUGCCUGCAACCACUCCUGUUGGUGGGAGCAGCGUCGCUUGAUGCAGCUCCUAUUGCUUGGAGGGUGCGCUGCUGCUGCUUCUGGUGGGAGUGCUGCUGGCGCUGUGCUGACCGCUGCUCUGCCUCCUGUUGGUGGGAGCAGCGGUCACUGGUGGGAGCAGCGGCGCUUGAGGGAGCUCCUGUUGGUGCGAGGGUGCGCAGCUGAGGUGCGGCUGGGGUGCGGAACCCAAGGGUCAGCGACGGACGGCGGAACCCUAUUGCUGCUGCUGCUGCCGGCCGUGUUGGCGAUCCUGCUGUCGCCGCUGACGAUUUCGGUGGCCGUGCGCUGCUGCUGCUGCUGCUGCUGCUGCUGCUGCUGCUGUGGUGGUGGCAAUGGCGGGGGUGAUCCUGCUGCCACUACUGGCAGGGGUGGUGUCGCCGCCGCUGCAUCCGCUCCGACAACGAGCCCACCCGACGCGACGAUCCGCUGCUAAGUUCUCUUACCCUUCUCCAUUUCGCGUUCUCGUUUUGUUAUUGCUGUUAUUGAUGGCCUUAGGCACUGCUGCGUGGUUGGCUGAGAGGUGGAUGGGCGGUUGGAGUAAUUUGGCAAGUGGGGGCGUGGCGGCUCAAGGCGCUUGGCGGUCGCCUGCACUGCAUUCAUGGUCCAGUCGGGGUUGUUUAAUUUAUUCACUCCCAUGCGCGCGUCCCUCUCUCCCUUCUUGAACCUCCUCUUUCUCGCCUCAGUCCCCCUAGCAUGACUGCCAAGUGCCUAGAGUUCGCCCGUCCCUCACACUCCAAACUCCCUGAGCCCUCGAAAGCCUCCCAUUGCAGUAGUGCCGUGGGUCUUAGCCUCCCAUUGCAGUAGUGCCGUGGGUCUUAGCCUCCCAGUGCAGUAGUGCAGUAAUUCAUGUUGCUCAAUUUCCAGUUUUGGCGCGUGGCUUGUCAACUGCUGUGGGGAGCACCUGUUCCAGGCAAUAACCUUCGUUCUGCACCUCUGCAGGAAACCGCUCCAGCCGCAGCAGCCAAACUUGAGCAACGGCAGCACUGGAGCCGCUGCAUCAACGCCCACUUCAGCAGC